UUUUGACAUAGAACAAGACAAAUAGCGUGAGAGAAGAAAAACAUUGACGUUCUAAGUGGCAGAGCAUACAAAACAUUUCAUUUUUUUGUUUUCUGCGAGAAGACCUUUGGAAAUAUUCACUUGGCUCCAACAGGUCCGUAUAAAUAAAAGACUAAUAUAAUCUAAGAUUAGUUAAAUGCAAACGGUGUGUGGCAUUUUGCAAUAUAAACAAACAAAUUUGAAAAACAAGAAUGAUUAUUUAAAUGGCGAUGUUAAGGCGACGGAUUAUUAUACAAUAAAUUCGUAUACAUCGCUUGUGUAUCACAAGUGAUUUACACAUGUUGGUGUGAUUACGGUCACAAAUCAAAACAUAAUCGCACGGCGAAGAGGAAAAAAAAAGAGAGAGAGAAAGAAACAAAAAAAGAACAACAAAACCAAGAUGGCCACGUCUUAUCAUGACAGUGGGAAAUACUUUGCAUUAUUUUGCUUAGAUGAUGUUUAUCGACGGUUGCGGGUACAAGGCGUUUAAGUUCUGUGUCAAGCGGAUCGUACAAAAAGUGAAACACCGAUUCACUGACUCAAGACGAUUAUAACUAAAAAUGUGAUGUGAAUGUGUAUUUAUGUUGCGUGUCAACGCUUCUGUCUUCAUUCAAAAUCUUAGUGAUGAACAUUAAUGCGUUUUUAGUUUUGUGAAAUGUGCUCGAUCGAACAAAUAAAUAGAUUUAAAUCAAUUGUAAUUCUCGCAAAUGAAUCACAAUAAUAACAACAACAACAACGAAAAGAACACAAAUAAAAAGGAAGUAACCGCGACGUGUACAAAUUAAGUGGUCACGCUUUUGGCAUUGACCAUCUCUAAAGUAGUUUGGCUAAUUCUUUCUUAGCGCUUUGUGUUGAUGCGAUAAAAAAAAAACGAACAACGAUGGCAUAUUCAAUCGAUUGUAAAAGUAAAUUAUUAGAAGAUGAUGCCGGAACGGCUGCAUCAAAUGCAAAUCACAUAAGGGCCAUUUAUUUGAAAAAGGUUGGCAGUGCACUAUUUUAUGGGAUUGCCUCAUUUUUUAUCACAGUUGUAAAUAAAACGGUGCUAACAUCAUGGAAAUUUCCAUCAUUUUUGGCGCUCAGCAUUGGCCAAAUGGUAGCCGGAAUUGUGAUAUUGGCACUUGGCAAACAGUGUGGCAUCAUAACAUAUGCAGAUUUUUCAAGUGAUAUACCAGGAAAACUAUUUCCAUUGCCGUUAAUGUAUUUUGGUAAUAUGAUGUUUGGACUGGGCGGUACGCAAGCACUACCAUUGCCAAUGUUUACGGCAAUCCGUCGAUUUUCCAUUUUGAUGACAAUGAUGCUUGAGUUUAAGAUUUUAAAUAUUCGUCCAUCGAAACCGGUGCAAUUCAGUGUAUGGUGUAUGGUUGGCGGUGCAAUAUUAGCGGCUAGCGAUGAUUUAACAUUCAAUUUACAUGGUUAUACAUACGUGAUGAUAACAAACAUAUUGACAGCGGCCAAUGGAGUUUUUCUCAAGAAAAAAUUAGAAACAAUUGACAUCGGAAAAUACGGGAUUAUGUUUUACAAUUCAUUGAUAAUGCUUGUGCCAGCCGUAAUUGGCGCCUGGAUUCUUGGCGACAUUGAGACGGCCAUCAAUUUUGAACAUUGGUCAAAUCCAAUAUUUUUUAUACAAUUUUUCCUCAGCUGUGUGAUGGGCUUUGUGCUAUCGUACAGCAUUCUAUUGUGCACACAAUUCAAUUCAGCACUGACCACCACCAUCAUCGGUUGUCUCAAGAAUAUCUGCGUUACAUACUUGGGAAUGUUCAUCGGCGGGGAUUACAUAUUCUCAUGGCUGAAUUGUAUUGGCAUUAAUAUAAGUGUUAUGGGCAGUUUACUCUACACCUAUAUAACAUUCGGUAAAAAAGAAACACCGCGCAAAAUUAUGCCAACAAAAAAUGUGGACAAUCAAAACAAAACGAUGAUACGUCGUCCAUUUUUAUCGUCGCGAUUGUUUGGAGUACAGACUACACGUCAUGUGCUUAUGUCGCAUAAGUGGAACAACGAAGUCGACAAUCAUAAAGGCGUUAAUCACACUUUGGAGAAUGUCGACAUCACCGUCAACGGAAGUAAUAAGCAUAACAUUGGCGAAUCUCAACACGACUACAUACAAAUAUCGAAUGUUCAGCGAUUAAUUUUGAGCAUAGGGUCAUCGGUAGCCGCACUGAUUAAUCCACAUAGACAUGAUAUGAUCGCUUGCUUAGGUGAAACAACUGGCAUUGAUGCAUUACAAAAUACACUGAAAUUGAUGAAAGAUUCACCAGAAGGCUUUCUAAUUCUUGACGAACAACCACGAAUUAAUUCCAACGCUAUCGAUUUAGAUGCGCUGGGAAAAUUACCCAACGAUACAUUUGGCUAUGCAUAUAAAAAAUUCCUUGAUGAUAAUAAUGUCACACCCGAUUCGCGUAUGCCGGUUAAAUUUCUACAAAAUCCCGAACUUAUGUAUGUGAUGACACGGUAUCGUGAAUGCCACGACCUUAUUCAUACCGUUCUUGGAAUGCCAACAAACAUGCUCGGCGAGGUUACUGUUAAGUGGAUCGAAGCGAUAAACAUUGGUUUGCCCAUGUGCUAUGGUGGUGCUGUGUUUGGAGCGAUGCGACUACGUCCAAAACAACGCGAGAAAUAUCGCACACAUUAUUUACCAUGGGCAUUGAAUACCAGCAAACACAUGAAACCAUUGAUGAACGUUUACUGGGAAAAACGAUGGAAUCAAAAGAUCGUUGAACUACGCAAAGAACUCAACAUUGAACCGUUAGAUUUAAAUUGAGUGUCAUUUAUUUUGUUCAUUAAUAUUUAGUAUAAACAUUAAACAUAAAGUCGACGAACAUUUUUAGUUGUUGUACGAUCCGUACUUUUGGUUAUUGCUAUAUUAAUUUUUACUACGAUUGCUGUUGAAAUGUUAACUAACAUCAAUUUAGCCGGCGUCGUUGUUUUCGAAUGAAAAAAAUUAGUCUUAAAUAAAUUGAGUUAAUAUAAAAUGGGA